UGGCUGCAGGGUCACUUUACCGAGCUCAUGCAGGAGAAAGUGGCCUUACAGGACUGGAUGGAGGAGCUGGAGCAUCGAUGUAUCCAGAUGUCUGGAGAGACUGACACCAUCAGAGAAUACAUCGCUCUCUACCAGACCCAGAAAGCAGUGAUGAGGAAGGAGCACCUAGAGAAGGAGGAGUCCAUAAGGCAGCUGGCCCAGAAAAAAGAGGAGAUGAAGGUGAAGCUGUUAGAGCUGCAAGAGCUGGUUUUGUGGCUGGUGGAGGUGCACAACGAAUGGCGGGUGAAGCUCCAAGCACCUGCCCAGAACCCUGCUGCUGAUCCCACUAGCAUUCAGGAUAUUCUGCAGGUGCUGGUGUCUGACCUUAACCGCUCCAAUGGGUAG